AUCGCGCCGUCACAGCAGUGAGAGCUAGCGGUCACAGCUUUCUGGGCAGAAAUGUCACUGUUACUCGACCCAAGUACGAAUCGCGGGAACCGGAGGAGAACGCAAGCUGAACACACUCAAGACAAAGAGAAGGAAAAUGUUUGCGUUGCUGAUGAGUCCUGGGACAGUCCUCCUGCAUCGUGUGACCAGUCGUGUGCUUCUAUAGAGGUCGCCACGCCUUCUUCCCUCCAAUCCAUCUGUCUUGUUCCCAAUUCAACAAAAACUUGCCAAAGCCAUUACAUGUGCGAUGAUUACACAUGUGGUGAUGAGCCCCAAAGUAAAAGAACUAUCCGAGCAGAAAAUGAAGUGGAGGCCAACAAACUUGUCAAUAACUACAGGUUUGGUUUUAGAAAAUGGAAGAGCCAUGUGACAGAGCGGCCAUUUGAAGGCCGGUCCGAUGUUGUAAAGGAGCUCUACUCAGAAUUAAAUGUUGUUAAACCCUAUACAACUGAAGGUCAUUUUAUCACUUGUGGAAAUAUAGCUUAUGUGUUUCUCUUUGGCUGGUGGGUGUCCCUUGUCUACCUACUGGUCAGCAUCCUCAUGUUUAUCACCAUUAUUGGGUUUUCUUAUGGUAAACUGUGCUUCAAAUUGUCCUGCUACUUUUUAUGGCCAUUUGGCAAAUCCAUUCAUCAGAUAGGUAACACUAUGAGAAGAUGCUGCAGAGAUGUACCACACUGUAACUGCUUUAAAGAGGAGACAGAUCCUGAUUCAACAUUACUGCUGCCUUCUCCCACUGAGAUGCCACUGGAGGAGCCUCAAGAAAAUGUGCAAACCUCAUACUGGUGUCGCAUUUCCACAUACAUCUGGCUGUUGCUGGGCUACCCUCCACUGGUGGUCAUCCACUGCUUGGCCUGCUUCAUCUCCUGGAUCCUUGUCUUCACCAUCCCGGUGUCUAAAAUGAAUGCAAGGACUUUAUGUGUCGUCCUGCUCCUACCUCCUGAAGAUGUUUAUGUUUCUUCUUGUUCAAGGCAAAAGCAGACUGUUGAAACAAAAGCCCUGCUGUGCUGUUACCGUGCUGCAAACUGGUAUUACUACAAAUACACUGUGGAUGGGAUCAAUGUGUUUGCUGUCAAUCUACUUCCUUUGGUAGUUGUUGCCAUAGUGAUUGGAUACGUUGACAAAGAAAACCAGUUUGCCAGCUCAGAUGUAAAAUUUGCCAUAGCAGUUAGCUCUAUUAUACCAUUGUCAUACUUCAUUGGCAUGGGCAUUGCCAGUAUCUCAGCCCAGAGUAACUUUGCAGUGGGCGCGGUGGUCAAUGCAACGUUUGGCUCCAUCACAGAGUUGACCUUUUACAUCACAGCCCUUCUGAGAGGUCACCGACAGGCCAACUCGUGUUUACAGGAAGUAGUCAAAGCAGCAAUGACCGGUACUCUCCUGGGAUGCAUCCUCUUCAUCCCGGGAAUCAGCAUGAUAAUUGGUGGCCUAAGACACAGUGAACAAAGAUUCAACAGCCGCUCCACUGGUGUCAGCUCGGCGUUACUUUUCAUCUCUGUUGGCGGAGUUUUCACUCCAACGCUGUUCUCCAAGGCCUAUGGGAACCUUGUUUGUGAUGCAUGCUCAAGUGUGAACAACAGUGGGCCAUUUGUCUGCCAUAACUGCCACUAUGAUCUGAACAAUGGCACAUUAUUUCACAACCAUGUUCAGCCUCUGGUGUACACCAUGUCUGCUCUUUUGCCUGCUGCCUACAUCAUCGGCUUAUUGUUUACACUGAAGACACAUUCUCACAUUUACAAUAUUCAUGUGGAAGAAGGACAAGCAUCUGGUCACAGUGGAGCAGUGGUGCAUUGGUCUCGCUGGAGGUCUCUGGUCAUUCUCAUCAUGGCUACAGUGCUCAUGUCUGUUUGUGCCGACUUAACAACUGAGCACAUUCAACCCAUACUUAACCAGCCCAACAUAUCACAGUACUUCAUUGGAGUUACUGUUCUAGCGAUGGUUCCGGAGAUUCCUGAGAUUGUUAAUGGGAUUCAAUUUGCUCUUCAAAACAACAUUAGCUUAAGCCUUGAGGUUGGGAGCUGCAUUGCUGUACAGGUCUGCAUGUUGCAGAUUCCUGUGUUGGUCUUCUUCAAUGCUUUUUGGGAUGUGGGCUUUGUGUUGUUAUUCAGUGACCUGCACCUAUGGGCCAGCAUUUUCAGCGUCAUUGUAGUUAAUUACAUUUUCAUGGAUGGGAAGUCGGAUUAUUUUCAGGGCACUGCCUUGGUGGUCGUCUACCUCAUCCUUUUGGCUUUAUACUAUUUUGCGCCCUCUCCAAAAGGCUGCUAAGCAUAAGUUAUGACAGGUUUUCAUAUUUUUCUAAUUAUGACUUGGUGGUGUGCCUGUGGUCAUUAUUUGUCAUAGUUUUACAUCAGUUAAAUGCCAGUUUGUGGAAAAAAAGCAGAAAAGUACACAAAUGUAAGCAGCGUCGAGUUCUAUAACAGAAUACCUCUACCUAUGUCAUUAAUGAAAAUUCCAUCCAAAAUGUAGAGACAAUUUACAUGCAACUAGCAAACACUGUAAACAUUUAACAAAAUGUGGUGCAAAUUAUUUUAUUAGUCUAAUCUUAACUAUUGUGCAAUUUCGAGCGCCCUUCUUCACAUUAUGUUUGCUUCCCAACAUUUAUGGAAUUACCUCUACACAUGUUAUAUCUAUUGCCAAUGUCCAACUUGAAAUGAUAUACUUUAUCAAAAUUAAAAAGCUACAGAAAAUAAAAUGGGCUGCACUGAUAUAUUAAUGCCAUUUUCCAAAUGCUAAACUGCAUGUAUUGUUCAUCAUUUCUCUUUCAUCGGACAGUUUAUCUUUCAAGAACUUCAUACAUUAUUCUUAAAAAAAGGCUGCAGUUACUUUAUUUGGAAAGUUAAAGUAUAUAGCAGCUAAGGGCAUUCGGGGAGACCGAAAGCCAAGUUCAAGUUACAUGCACAGCACGGACAUGCAAACUGCUUUGACAGGGUGAUGCAAAUAAACAUUAACUACAAAAAGAUGAGUCAAGUCUAAAGACAUAAAAAAAUAAAUAAAACAAAAGGCAAGAUCAUAAGAUGUAAAACAAAAUGUCCAAGGCAGUUAGGUGGUGCUGUACAGAAUGUGAAACUACAGUACAGUUUUACAGUGCUCAGUCUGUUUUAAGGAUACAAUCACAUCAACAUCAACUGACCCAAUCCAACUAAAACCGUGCCUCAUACCUGUAAAAACAGCUAAAUUAAAAUGUCCAAAACAAUGAAUUGAGCUAAGAUAAUCCAUUACAAAUUUGGUUACAGAUUUAAGAUUAAAAACAAAAUUUAAAAAAACAGCAGCGAUGAGAAUAAAUAAACAGUAAAACAUCUGUAUUUCAUAUAAAACAAAUUCCUAUGAACAACCCUGGUAUUAAUAA